UAAACAAGCUCACCCAGGUGCUAAUGCGAUGGCUACUUGCUGGCUAUAAAUACUGGAUGCUGUUCAACUGCGCUCAGUUGAAGCCGCGCUUUGAAACUGAUCGGAAUGAAGUCGUUUGGAUUGAUUGCACUGGCUAUUUGUGGCGCUGUCUGCGUCGCUGCGCAACCACAGCACACCUACGACGGUCGCAAUGGGCCGCAUGUCUUCGGUACUCCGGGCAAUCAGGUCUACAUAAGGGGUCAGAAUGAAGGAACCUACAGCGUGCCGGGAGUGGGUGGCCAGUUUGAAAACGCUCCUCAACGGGGUGAGCAUGUGUACACCGAUGACUUGGGCAACACGUUUGUAAACCGAAAGAACGCUGGUGGACCAGCUUCUCACACCGUCAGUGGUCCCAGUUUUUCCGCCCAGAACUUAGGUCCCAAUGGAGGUAAGGGAGUGGGAGUGGGAGUCCCACAACGCCCUCCUCGCAGUCCGCAGAUUCACGUACAGCGUCCCGAUCACCCUGUUGACGUUGGAAACGAAGAAUUCUACAUCCAGCGCAGCCGGCGCAGUCCGCAGCUCCAUGUGGCACGUCCAGAUCGCACCGUAACUGUUGGUAAUGGCGGCGUCUAUGUACAACGCAGCCGUCGCAGUCCGCAGUUCCAUGUGGAGCGACCAGACCGCACGGUCGAUUUUGGAAAUGGUGGCUUCUCCGUUCAACGUUUCCGUCGUGGGAUCAACGAUGCCCGCGUCCAGGGAGAGAACUUUGUGGCCCGCGACGAUCAGGCAGGCGUUUGGGACAAUAAUGUCUCCGUUUGGAAGCGCCCCGAUGGACGUACUGUUGUAAUCGAUAGCAGUGGUCGUACCAUCGUGUCUGGAAGGGGACGUCCUGCCCAGCAAUACUGAAAUAGUUCCAAGGAAACACAACUUUAGGCGUUAAAUAUGAUCAAUUUGAGACUAUGUAUAAAGCAACUUAAAUCACAUGAUAACUGAAUACAAAAAUAACCCAAAAACUA